AUGGACCAGCCACAACCACCCACCGGUCAACCCGAGCAACCCCCACCGACUCUCACAAAUCCACUCACAUACCCCCAUCUGUUAGGAAUCUCCAACGCCAGCGAUGAAGGCGACGCGACCAAGGACACUGCGGAUCCUGACGCCCAGGCCUUCGCCGCGUACCUUGCGUACCUCUACUCCUACUGGAAAACUCCUGACUAUGCGCAAUUCCUAACUCAUCCUGGUGCUACCCUCCGCGCGCUACGACUCCUCCAAGAAGACAGGUUCCGCCGCGACAUCAUUCGCCCCCAAGUUAUCGAAGGGCUAGCGGGGACCAACAUCAACGAAGCAGGCGGUGCAACCAUCGAACAGGAGGGGGAACAAGAUAAGGAGGAACAAGGGAAACAGGAUGAAGCGGGGAAUAACAAUAGUUCAAAGACCUGA